CCAAUAGUGGAACCAGUGUAAUGAAUCCGGACCGUGAAAACAUGUAAACACGAUCACUGAACAAGGAAGAGGAUGUCAGUGCUUCCAAAGUAUCGACAGUUUCAUCUUUUAGUUGCAGUAUUCGGUUUAUUGCAUGGACGACUUGAAGGAAAAGAUGUCAUCAUAGAACCGGGGAAUGCAACCGUUGUGUCCUUGCUAGGCCAGAAUGAGACUGCUGUCACUGUGGGGGACAUCCCCUCAAACUUUAGCGUUGUCCUCUUCCAAGCACACAGUCAAUAUGAGAAUGUGUCAAUUUCCUCAACACAAACCUUUGAUGAGACUGUUACCAUCAUGGGCAGCCAUCUUGGAAUACUGACACUGUUGAAAGUUGGUGAUACCAGUGCAACCAUGUACUUGAAGUCUGAUGUCAACACUUCUCUCAGUGUCCUGGUAUCGGCUGACCUUCACACCCCUUCUGAUCCACUGCCAGGCGGCUGCAAUGAAAUCUUCAAGCUUGAAAAUGACCCCAACAUUCACUUGAAGACCUUCAAGUACUCCACACAGUUCCAGUUCCAGUGGGCCAAUCUGGGGUUUGUGAGGCAGGGUCAGGAAGACAGCUGUGAAGACCAUCAGCAGCAGCUGUCCUAUGACAUUUACGUCUUCUUCCUGCCCGAGAUGGACCAAUCAGAAGACACAUUUCUCGCCAAUAUUCGGAAGAUGUUAAAUGCCCGUGUCGUUAUGGAGAAUGGGAUAAAGCUGAUGACUAUCACCAACACUGGGUCGACCAAGUCGGUGGGGUCAAUGUCAUCGGCAGUGGGCCAGGGACUUGUGUUGACCAUUGUCGUCACGGAUACCAAGGCUGGAACUUCAGCCAUAUAUGUUCCUGCUCACACCUAUUCCUGUCAGUUCCAAGAUGGCUCGUGUUCCAGGAGUGUUGAUGCUGUUGAUGUUGUAAUAGCCAUCGUCAGUGCAAUCUGCGGAUUAUUUCUCUGUUUUCUUGGACAUAGAUACAUAAAAACAGAAUUUUUCCUAUUUGGAUUCUUGGCCUUUGCAUUGAUAUCUUAUGUCAUGAUCACAAGACUGUCAGAACUCAACUCCGAAGCUGCUGUUGGUGCCAGUGUUGCCGUGGGUGUAGUGGGAGGGGCCAUGUUCCUGGUGUUCUGGUACUACUGCGGCCUUCCUGUGGUGUCUGUUCUUCUUGUCGGCCUCACUGCCGGCUACCUCGUGUCCAGUCUCCUGUUCUUCACUCCGUUUGGCAACCUGUCCUACUGGCACACAACCGUGACCUAUGGCUUGACCUUCACCUGUGGACUUCUCAUCAUGCCCGUGUUUCUGCUGUGCUUCACCAAAACUCUCAACAUCCUAUCAUGUACAUUCGUGGGCUCGUACCUGUGCGUGUUGUGUGUGGACGUGUUCCUCUGGAGCAGCCUCAAGUACAUCAUCCUCAACUCCGUGAACCACCAGACUCUCCCCGAAUACCUCAACAUCACCAACAUCUUCCCCUUCGAAACCAAUGAGGUGAUUCUGACUGUGCUGUGGGCGGGGCUCUUCAUCGUGGGAACAGUCUUCCAGUUCUAUCGAGAAAGGAAAAAGCCCCCUUUCCCACCUUGCCCAGCUCAUGUGAAAAAAGCAAGACGACUGGAACGACCUCUGUCACAUCAACCUGAGGAUGAGCAACGACCCCUGUUGAAGGAAAGGUCAUGGCCAGAUUAUAGUCAAGGUCAAGGUCAAGUCAACAACCAGCCCACUUGAGAUUAUUGUUAUGUUUUAUGUUUCGUGUACUGAUUUCAGUAUAUUCAGCUUUUGUUUUUGCUGUCAUAUGUAGAGAAACAUUGGAUAUCCAUCUGACAGUGGUAAUAACUGUUAUGAUAGCGUCAAGGCCACAUUCUACUCCAUGUCAUUAUUGAAGGGUCACACAGACAGUGUAGGACAUAAAAUGAAUUGCCAGACUGCCAUCAGGACCCACAGGCUUUAGAAGCUGCAGGCCCUGUCUAAACUCUUUAGGCCCUCAUUUAAAAAACUGCAGCUUAUUGCGACCACUAAAUCAACACGUAAAUUUAAUACAGGCCCUGAUGGCCUGUACAAAUUGGAAACUACAGGCCCAACACAAGAUCAGCUUCCCCGGGCCUACACGCAGGUGCUUGUUUCGAACACUACAAGCAGAUAAAGGGUUAAAGUAUCAGAGAACGUAGCAUUUUCAUCUUCCAAGAGUGCAGUUCAUUUGCAUCUGGGAGGAACCAUUUUAGACCCACAUCGACUGUUACUUGUCAUGUAUUGCACUGCAUGGGCUAAACCACUGGUUGCGUUCAGGCGUUUGUUUUGGGUAGCUUUUUCCAUCGUCUUCAAUCUUGCACUUUCCCUUGUUUUUAAUAGUCAUCCAUUUUUCAAGUUUCACAAAAGCAUCCAAUUACUGUGACAUAGACAUUAACAACAUUUAUGUCGUAUGUCAGCAUACUCAGACCUAUUGAUGCUUGUUGGCAUGUGUUCAUUUUUGACACCCUUCAUACCUAGGUGUCCCUUAUAUAAUGAUGCGGGGCGGUCGGGUAGCCUAGCGGUAAAAGCGUUCGCUCGUCACGCCGAAGACCCGGGUUCGAUUCCCGACAUGGGUACAAUGUGUGAAGCCCAUUUCUGGUGUCCCCCGCCGUGAUAUUGCUGGAAUAUUGCUAAAAGCGGCGUAAAACCAAACUCACUCACUCACUCACUAUAUAAUGAUGCUGAGUAUGUAUAUUGUACAGCUUUACCAGGUGAUGGUGUCGGACAUGAGAUUCAGAUACCAGUAGAUACAUUUCUUGCUAGCUAGGUUAAUAUGUGAUGCACAGCUCAACGCAAUGCAAUGCAAUGCAAUGCACCAUAUGAAUGGUAACUUGACAAUAGGCCCAACCUUGUUGAAUUACACUGAGCAAAAAUCACAUCCAAGCUCUAUAGAGAGGAUACGACAAAUCGGAAUUCAUAAAUAUUAUCUCGGUUCUCAUUGAGGAGGAACUACUUGCAGAGAUUCGUGAAAGUCCAGCGAUUGCUUUCAUAGUUGAUGAAAGCACAGACCUAUCUAGUGAAAAACAUUUAAUACUAUAUAUCUGAUAUUUGAAAGAUGGCGUCUUGUCUCUAUCAAAUUUGUGAAAUUGUUACGUGUACAUGCUGCUGAUGCUCAGUAUUCUCAGUAUUUAGAGAAUACAACACUCAGUCUUGUCAGAUUCCAUUGUUACGAAACUAGUGGAUUUUCUAUGGUAUCUGACCUAGCGAAAGCAAAGACACCAUUUUGUGCAUAAGAGAACCUACAUUUUUUAAAUCACAAAUCACAAAGAUUUUAAAAUUAAUUGGGAAGCUGACCAUUCAACUCUGAAACAUGCAUGAAUGUUUGCAAAGGUAUAGCAUUCAAACAAUGCUUACUGAAAUAUGACAGUAAUUGGUAAUUUUACAGCCUUUAAUGUGAUGGCAUUGAAAAGUCUGUACACCACUUUGGAAUGCGAAAACACCAUCAAGUGGGAUGUGAAGCUGUAUGUAUCCAUGGCAACAGAAUUGCCAAGUGAAUUGGUUAGUAGAACACAUAGAUGAUACGUCAAGUGAAGGUUUUAAUUUUUUUUUUAACAAUGUUGCACAUACAAUGAAUAUAUUCAUAGAAACCACAUUUUUUUAGUUGAAAAAAAUAUUUUGCUUGAAAAAUAUUUUUAUAUACAUUGAGAGUUCAUCAGGGGUUUCUUGCAUUGAGUCCUAUAUUUUUAACUAUGUUUUUUGUGACACAGCGCUUUUGUGUUACAGUUGAUAUAAAAACAGCUUAAUUACAGAAUGUUUGCAUGAUCUGUAUCUGUUGGCUGGUAGUAGUUGUAGAUGUUCUGCCCAUUGGCGCCCUACCGUUUGUUAAAACCAUCUAGAGUUAUCUCCCUUACAGAUGUAAAUGAUUAAUGGCAAACACCGGUACACUAAUCCACCAGCAACAAGGACGGAAAUUCCGCAGAGCCCCCUGGGCCGGUGUUUGCCAUUUGUCAACAAGGCUUUAUUGAUUCUAAAAAAUAAUGCCAGUAUUUCUUUCAUGGGAUUGGUCAGUUUUUUACCAAGUAUCUGCUGUAUUUCUGUUUCCGUAACUGUGUUAAUGCCGCAUCACCGUCAUGAUCUUGUACUUAAAUACUGAUGGCAUUAUGUUUUUGAUAUGAUGGGCCCUGUGAAGAUUCGGGUUAGAAUUGGUCUUCAGCAACCCAUGCUUGUCUUAUCUUGGUGAAGAUCCGGGUGAGACUUGAUCUUCAGCAACCCAUGCUUGUCUUAUCUUGGUGAAGAUCCGGGUGAGACUUGAUCUUCAGCAACCCAUGCUUAUCUUAUCCUGGAGAUGAUCCAGGUGAGACUUGAUCUUCAGCAACCCAUGCUUGUCUUAUCUUGGUGAAGAUCCGGGUGAGACUUGAUCUUCAGCAACCCAUGCUUGUCUUAUCUUGGUGAAGAUCCGGGUGAGACUUGAUCUUCAGCAACCCAUG